AUGUUCAGUGUGAUUCGGAUGGGUCCUGGGCCUCUGAUCUGUUGUCUGUCGACAACCACGGCCGAAACAGACAGAGUCCCUGUUAGAAGGACGAGAGCGAGACGGAUAAUGGAAAGCAUGAGUUCCUUGGAAAUGAAGAUCAGUAUCAUGGUCCUAGUUAAGCAGGAGACUCGGAAUCUUCUUACCAGAGACGACGAAAUAAAACUGCAGCAGUUUAGUAAUUUAGAAGAUGGAGGACACGAAGAAAGGCAACUGAUUGAGAGAUAUGUGCUCCUGGAUUUUCUGAGGCGCCAAUCCUCCUUCAUCCAGGCUUUUAUAAAAGCCGACUUCUGGGAUCAAACGAGGUGGAACGGCACCUAG